AGCUUAGGCUUGACUCAGGGAAAAGGACGCCCCUGCCAUGCAUAGUCCCAUGAGAAGUCUGCUGUUCAACACCAAGCGACUCAUGAUUAAUUGGGAUUGACGCAAGCCCUGGGCCGAUCACCCUGUGGCUGGCCACCCCUGGAGAGGGCGUCUAGUGAUAAGGCCGAAACGCCCAGUGACCCAGGGGCACACUACUGAUGAUGCAAAACACCCAUCCACCAUUCCACCAGUCAUCACCAAACACUCUCAAUGAAAAACAGUGGUGUCCAACCAAGCCAAGAUGGCUGUUGUGCAGCAAGCAGCGUGCAAACUAUCUGAGUACGCAGGAGGCCAAGAUCUUGCAAAAAGCAGGACCUGUUUGUCUUGGGAGACCUACCAGUGGGCAACAUAGCUCCUAGGAUCAUUGGGACACGCAAACUCCUCUACCAUGAUAAGGUGGCCGCUCAGAGAGGAGUGUAACAAACUAAAUGAUAAAAGUUGAACCAUCCAUCCUUUUGGGGUCGCGGGGGGUGCUGGAGCCUAUCUCAGCUGCAUUCGGGCGGAAGGCAGUAUACACCCUGGACAAGUCGCCACCUCAUCGCAGAAGUGUUCCAAUGAAGCCAUAUGGAAAGUUGGGGGAGGAGUAAAGGUGUGUUCCAUUUGUGAGCGAGCCAACUCUGUCACACACUGGAGCCUGAACAUCAGAUGCAAAGGACAGAGGGACUCAGAGUAGGUAUGGCUGAAACAGACAAGUUUCGAAAUGAUGCAACAGACUGCCAACAAUAUAUUUGUUUAAGGGAUCUCAAAAAUGAGGCUGACAAAGGUAAAAAGACAAAAGACCAACCACCAACAGUCCCCAAAGUUGGCUCUAUUGAAGUGUUCAGGUUUGCAGACGGCAGAGACAUUGUACUAAUAGUCUUUGGGACCUUAAUGUCGGUGGCCCAUGGAUCAGCCAUGCCAUUUAUGUCUAUUGUGUUUGGGGAAAUGACGGAUACCUUCAUACAUCACUCUGUACAUCAAAUCAACACCAGCGACCACAAUUCCACCUCCAUGAUUUUUAAUGCAACCUUUCAGGAGGCGAUGGCCACCUAUGCUGUCUAUUACUCCAUCAUAGGGGUCUUGGUGCUGGUGGCUGCCUACCUGCAAGUUGCCUUCUUUACAAUAUCAGCUGGAAGGCAGGUCCAACGCAUUCGCAAGCGUUUUUUCCACAGUGUCAUGCGACAGGACAUUGGCUGGUUUGAUGUCAACGACACAGGAGAGCUCAACACACGUCUCACAGAAGAUGUCUACAAAAUCCAAGAAGGUAUUGGAGACAAACUGGGGAUGUUGCUCCAAUCCAUUUCUACCUUCAUCUUUUCCUUUGUUGUUGGCCUAAGCAAAGGAUGGAAGCUCACUCUGGUCAUCCUGGCUAUCUGCCCCUUGUUAGGUCUUACAGCUGCACUUUUCAGUGGGAUGGUGACAUCAUUCACAUCUAAAGAACAGGCUGCCUAUGCUAAAGCGGGGUCUGUGGCACAGGAGGUACUUUCUUCCAUCAGAACUGUGUUUGCCUUCAAUGGUCAGCAGAAAGAGAUUGACAGGUAUCAAAAGCACUUGGAGUACGCUAAUAAAAUGGGAUUAAAGGCAACGCUAAGUGUAAAUGUUAUCAUGGCGUUCACUUUCAUGAUGUCCAACGUGGCUUUUGCGCCAGCCUUCUGGUAUGGGAGCACACUCGUUCUGAGUAAUGAGUACACUGUGGGAACUGUCCUUGCAGUUUUAUUCACUGUGCUUCUUGGAGCGUUUGCAUUGGGUCAGACAUCACCUAACAUCCAAUCAUUUGCCAGUGCUCGAGGAUCUGCAUACAAGGUUUACAAUAUCAUUGACAAUAUACCGAGUAUUGACAGCUAUUCAGAGCACGGCUACAAACUUAACUUCAUUAAUGGAAACAUUGAGUUCAAGAACAUCCACUUUAACUACCCCUCAAGGCCAGAAGUCAAAGUAUUAAACAACUUAUCCCUGAUUGUGAAGAGUGGACAGACCAUGGCUUUAGUAGGAAGCAGUGGCUGUGGAAAAAGCACCACAAUCCAGCUGUUGCAGAGGUUCUACGAUAUUCAAGAGGGAUCUAUAUUUAUUGAUGACCAUGACAUCCGUUCUCUCAAUGUCCGCUAUCUGCGAGAGAAGAUUGGUGUUGUGAGUCAAGAGCCAGUCCUUUUUGCCACCACCAUCGCAGAGAACAUUCGAUAUGGACAAAUGGACGUGACGCAGCAGGAGAUAGAACAAGCUGCCAAGGAGGCCAACGCUUACGACUUUAUAAUGAACUUUCCUGAUAAUUUUGAGACACUGGUUGGGGAUCGAGGGAUUCAGAUGAGUGGAGGACAGAAGCAAAGAAUCGCAAUUGCUCGAGUGCUUGUCCGUAACCCCAAAAUACUUCUGCUGGAUGAAGCAACAUCUGCUCUUGAUGUUGAGAGUGAGACUGUGGUACAAUCUGCACUGGACAAGGUCAGACAGGGUCGGACCACCAUAAUUGUGGCCCAUCGCCUCUCGACUAUCAAAAACGCUGAUAUCAUUGCUGGCAUACAAAAUGGAGAGGUUGUUGAGUUGGGGACUCAUAGUCAGCUGAUGGAAAAACAGGGUGUCUAUCACGCUCUCGUCACUAUGCAGACAAUUCAAAAAGCAGAGGAGGGGGAUGAGUUUCAGCAGCAUGAAAAUACACCACUGUCAAUAACUUUCUCAGAAUCUUCUUUGCAAAAAAGGAAGUUUUCCUCUGCUGACUCAGAGGGGAAAAAAGAAGAGAAGGAAACAUUGGUGGAUGCUACAGAAAAGACAGUGGAUCUAGAAUUGGAUGAAAAAGUUCCACUUGUGUCAUUCCUCGAAGUGAUGCGUUUCAACCUUCCUGAAUGGCCUUACUUUUUGUUUGGAAGCAUCAGUGCUGCACUCAAUGGAAUGACGCUGCCUAUGUUCGAUAUCAUCGUCGCCAAGUUCGUUGUUGUGUUUUCGACUUCUGAUCAAGAGGAGAUCAGAAAAAACUCUGUAUUCCUUUCCCUAAUGUUUGCAGUUAUUGGAGUUGUAUCUUUUUUUAUUGUAUUUCUUCAGGGUUUCUGUUUUGGUAUAGCUGGACAGAACCUGACUAUGAAACUGAGACAUGCGUCUUUCAAGGCCAUGUUGAGGCAGGACCUUGGCUGGUUUGAUAACCCCAAUAACAGUGUUGGCGCUCUGUCAACAAGGCUGGCCUCUGAUACUGCUCAAGUACAAGGGGUUACGGGAUUACGUUUGGCCGCCGUCGUCCAAAAUAUUGCUAACAUGACAACCUGUCUGAUUGUUUCCUUUUUGUAUGGCUGGGAACUAAGUCUCCUCUUACUAGUCAUAGGUCCGGUCAUGAUAGCGGGUGGAAGUGUGCAGGCGCACUUGAUAGCUGGGCACACUAGAGAGGACAUGAAGGAGCUGGAGAUGGCUGGAAAGAUUUUUACAGAAGCCACUGACAAUAUCCGUACUGUUGCAUCUCUGACCAGAGAACCAUUGUUUGAAUCUUUGUACCACAGCAACCUCAGCGUUCCAUUCAGGAACUCCCUCGUAAAAGCCCAUGUGCAGGGUGUAGCCUUUGGCUUAUCCCAAGCCAUGCUAUACUUUGCCUAUGCAGGAUGUUUCUACUUUGGAGCUUGGCUUAUUGACGAAGGACGAAUGAAUGUUGAGGGAGUUUUCUUAGUUGUUAUGGUGCUUAUAUAUGGUGCUAUAUCUGUUGGAGAGACCAAUGCUUUCACUCCAAACUAUGCCAAAGCCAAAAUAUCAGCCGCUCGUAUUAUGGUGCUUCUGAAAAGACAGCCAGCUAUUGAUAAUCUCUCAGAAGAAGGACAGACACUGGAGCAAUUUGAUGGCAACGUGCAAUUUGAAGGUGUCAAGUUUAACUACCCUUGCCGCCCUAAUGUAUCUGUCCUACGAGGGCUGAACCUGAAGGUGUGCAAGGGAGAGACAUUGGCACUGGUAGGAAGCAGUGGCUGUGGAAAAAGCACAACCAUCCAACUUUUGGAGAGGUUCUAUGACACCACGCAUGGAACAGUGAUGCUUGAUUCCAAGAGUGUAAAAGAGCUGAACAUCCACUGGCUGAGGUCUCAGAUAGGUAUUGUGUCCCAGGAGCCUGUGCUGUUUGACUGUAGCUUGGCUGAAAACAUCGCCUAUGGAGACAACAGUCGCACUGUAACUAUGGAGGAGAUUAAGGCAGCUGCUGAGGCAGCCAACAUUCACAGCUUCAUUGAAAACCUGCCAAAUAAGUAUGACACUCAGGCAGGCGAUAAGGGGACCCAGCUUUCAGGUGGUCAGAAACAACGAAUAGCCAUAGCCCGAGCCAUCCUCCGCAAACCCAAACUGUUGCUUCUGGAUGAAGCCACGUCUGCACUCGACACUGAGAGCGAGAAGGUGGUGCAGGAGGCGUUGGACAAAGCAAGGCAGGGCAGGACAUGUAUCAUUAUAGCCCACCGUCUGUCCACCAUCCAAAACGCAGACCUCAUUGCUGUCAUUAAGGACGGUUUGGUGGUAGAACAAGGAACACAUCAACAACUGUUAGCCAAAAAGGGAGUCUAUCACAUGCUGGUCACGACCCAGAUGGGUCAUGGAUGGGAAGACACACAUUAGGACAAGUCAUAAUUAAGUGAAAUGUAUUGCUUGAAUGAAAAGACAGACUGGGGUUUCAGUUAUACAGAGUGUAUUUGCUACAAAUGCGUUUUUCUAUUAGUCAGUCCCUCCAGGAUUUUGCAAAGUUGCGAUCGCGGCAAUUUUCGCAAAUUCAACCAAUCCCUGCAAUUUCCCUGAACUUUUUCGCCAAUCAAAUUUGUCCAAGCAGCACUCAAACGCAACACAACUGUCUAACCAAUCAAAUGUCUCUGUGCAUCGCCAGACACAUUCACUUCCUUAUUUCAUUGACAGAGAUUUAUUUUAACUCUAGAAACCUGCUCGGGAAUGUCUGAAAUAAAGCAGAUAUUAAGGCAUAAUAAUAAUUUUAAUAACAAUUAAUGAUAAAAGAAAAUAAGACAGACUUUUGUGGCGAUUUUUUUUACAAAGUAUGCAAAAAUGUUUGUGAAUUGGUCAUGUGUAUAAAAUAUGCUAGCAGAGUGUAAACAGUGUUGAUUAAGAUGUGUUUUAAAUACUGCACUUUCCAUUAAAAUUGCAACUGUUAGUGCUGUUGGUCUUGAACCCCAAGAUGCAGAGAUGGGAGGCGUAGCACAGGUAAAUAUGACUUUAAGGUCAAAAGAAAAAAUGGUGCUGUAACCGGACUUUUAUUUACGAGUUAGAAUACAUUAAAAAAAUACAUCUGUCGUCAUGUCUUUCAUGUAAUGAUUGUGAACAAUAGGCAAAAUUCCCCAAAAAAAGAAGCAGUUCCCCUUUAAAACAUUUGCCACAAUUUUUAUAAAAUGCCCCUGCAUUUUAGGCCGCAACAGUCACAAUAAACCUGCGAAAUCCUGGAGAGACUGAUUGGUCCACAAACCUCCCCCCAACCCGUGACCCCAAGAGGGACAAGCGGUAGAAAACGGAUGGAUGCUUCAAUCAGGUUCACACUGGGACUGUUUUAUCACCAUGUCCAGUUUGAGGUCUAUGUAAAGUUCAGUCAGGACACUUAUAGUACAAUAAUAACUUAUUUGGUUUUCAUGCGCCGUCUCUGUUUUAGUACAAUUAAACACACAUU